UUUGCGCAGUCCGGUGACUCUCCAGUCAGUUCACGGCUUUACGCGUCGCGCACAUUUGUUAGCCUCAGUGUAUGAUUUGAGUUGAUCUGAUGUCUUUUUCCUAACCAUGUCUAUCUACAACCAGAUCCUCGAAAACAAACUGAAGGAGCUGGCGAAGGGAGGAUCGGCGGUCGCCAAGCAGGAGCUCUUGAUCCAGCAAAAGAAGCGCGAGAUAGAAGCGAAGCUUGCGCAGAAAGCGCAGCAGCAGUCAGCUAGCGUAAGCCUAAAGGCUAAAGCCCGUCCGAAAACUCAGACCCCGACAGCGCAGAAAUCGAGGUUUGACACGCCUUCUUCCGAGGCAGCGCAAGCAAAGGUCAACAGUUUCAAGAAUGACGGCAGUUUUCUGGAGCAAUUUCGGCGAAUGCAAGGUCUAAAAGCUGGUGGAGUCCAGUUUAAAGCAGAAGCUUCGCAAGAUUCAAGUAGUUCUUCGCAACAGGAGACUACAGGUGGUCAGCCACCAAAGACAGAAGAACCGCCAAAAAAUGUCGGCGCCGGAACAUCGCAGCCAACUGGCCUCGUCAUCAAACUUCAGGCACCGCAGCCAACCAAAACUCUCCUACCAUCAGCGGUGGCAGCAAAAUUGAAAGGUGAUGAUGAUGAUGACGACGAAGAGGAGGCUGCACCUCUGAAAGUUUCUUCUCCAGAAGGCAAGGCCGUCCAGGGAGCCAUUGAGCGGGUAGCCAUCUGUGUGGCCAUCAACGGACGGUCUGCGGAGGAGGCUGCCAGGGUGGCCCACGUCGACGACCCGGCCUACGAAUUUCUACGGAACAAGGAUGGGGAGGAGUACCACCGUUUUCAGGAGCGUGUCCAGGCCCUCUCGGCAGCCAAGCUGCGAGCUGAGGAGUCGGGUGCUUUGCCUCCCUCUAGCCGCAUCGAUGCAAAGUUCCAGCAGCAGAAUCAACGGCAGGGUGCUACAAACGAGACUGGACGGAAAAGGAAACGCCAUAGCAGGUGGGACCCGCCGUCUGACAGUUCGUCAGACUACAUGGACUUCGAUGCACCUAAUGAAGUGCCAGAGUUUGUUAAAUCUGAUCCUGGUUUAAUUGUUUAUGCAAAGCAGGUCUUCAAUUCUACGGACUUGACAUUCGACCAGUGGAAACAGCUUGAAGAUCAGCGCAAAAUGCGAGCAUUGGUCGAGAUGAUGCAAGCCAAAAAGAGAGCCGAUGAGGCCCGAGCUCGAGCUGGUAAAGUAAAGUACGAGUAUGACUCAGAUGAGGAGACAGACGGCGGCACCUGGGAGCACAAGAAGCGAGCCAUGGAGAUGGAAAAGACACGAGCCUGGGCUGAUGAACUGACACUUUUGGGCAAGGGCAAGCACCACAUUGGCGACUUCCUGCCCCCUGAAGAGCUGGAGAAGUUCAUGGAAAAGUAUGAUGCCCUAAAGGAAGGCCGCACGCCCGACCUUUCUGACUACAAAGAGCACAAGCUGACUGAGGAUAAUGUUGGAUACCAGAUGCUCCAGAAGUUAGGAUGGACAGAAGGCCAGGGCCUGGGUGCUGAUGGCGGCGGAAUCGUUGCACCUGUCAACAAGGGCCUGCAGCCCGUUGAAAACGCUGGUCUGGGUCAAGGUCGGCCUGACGAUGUCAAGGCUGGCGACGAUGAGUACGAGGCAUACCGGAAGCGGAUGAUGCUGGCCUACCGGUUCCGUCCAAACCCUUUGAAUAACCCAAGGCGACCAUACUAUUGAUAGUUCAACUCCAGCACAUUACAGGCCAUGGUUUGUUCUUGUACAUACUUUCAAGCUCUGCCCAAAUAAAGGUGUCCUGCUCACAGUU